AACAUUGACGUUUACAUCUGUCCAGGAGAUCACCUUGCCCUGAGUGACCCAGAUGAUGGGGCCGUUAUUGGUGGCAUUCUAGCGACAGCUGUUGGUAUCAGGUAUAGGACUCUGUGUCCCGUUCUUCCAGGAUUGUCUACUACCUUUAAAGAACGACGAGCCAUUCGUAAAUUUGAAUCCGGCGUCAAUGUCACACUUUAUGCCAGGAAAGGUUGGUUAAUUAUUAAUGUGGGAUAAACAAGAGACUAUAAAGGGGACAGAGAGGGCAUCCCCUAUAUACACCCUAUUCCAGAGGUAAUUCGUCUCGAGUUAUUUUUAACACCACAGAUCUCAAGGGGGAUUAGACAACAGCCAAUCACAUAGCGCGAAUGUGUUCCGCGUAGAUGACCCACGCUGAGAGCCACGCGUCCUUCACGAAAUGACGCAGAACAAAAUGGGAGAAGACGCGGAGAGCGAUUUUGCUAUUCCUUUUGUCGACGAAAACGACUACCCUGAGAUUUCUGCGAAAGCUGUGUCAGCGAAACCGAAAUUAAAAAAGAAUCGCCCUUCCUCUCUUGUAUACAGCCAACAGUAGAGCAGGGAAAUCCUUAACACACUGAAUAUUCUCUCAGGAUCAUUUAUAAUUUACAGAUUGAAGAGAGCAGUUUCUGGUUUGAUGUUUAUUUUUUUCAGUCUUUGUAGCGAUUAUUCCUACCCACUUACUUUGUCAAUUGUAGGCGAACCCUCCUAAAGCUGAAUUUCAAGGGACCAUAUCUAAGCUCAGAAAGAGGAAUAAAAUUUCGUCGUUGCUUAUUUACGUCCUCCAUAAAACGCGAAAUUAGGCAUUUUCACGUCGUAGUCGUGCAAAAACGGGAAAGAAAUGAACAAAAAAGUGUGUUGCACGUGCGAAGUUGUUGUUUUGCUAAUUAAACCUAUUGUUACUUUGACGUUCUAGUUGUCGUCCGCGUCGUUAGGUCUUAAACUCCCUAAAUUGUACAAACGACCGGUUUCAAUAGGCCGGCGAAAUUUCUCAUUUUAUUAAAGCACUGAGGUUACGACAACUUCGAAUUAAACUGAUUUCACGGGUUGUCAAAGAGUCCAGCGAUUCCUUUUUCCCAGGUGAGCGCCGACUCAUUUCGCUUCAAUAUUCAGGAAUGCUCUCUAUCUUUUUACGCUUUCAUUGCCUCUCGCCCGACAUGUUUUGCACGGCGUUUGGUCAUGCGAAACCUCCACCAAACAUCCACGCCUCGCGCGAGGUAACUUUAUCCCGAUUCUAAAAAUAACUCGAGACGAAUUACCUAUGGAAGAGGGUGUAUAUGGGGGAUGCCCUCUCUGUCCCCUUUAUAGUCUCUUGGGGAUAAAGUAUACUGAUUGAUAAUCAGAUAAUUGCUUUAAAGCCAUCGGGAAGUGCCAGUUUUGAUGUUUGUCGUGUGAAAGGUAUACUCCCUUGUAGAGGCUCUAGAGAUAAAUGUGGCGCAAAAGGGCGUGGAUUUUUACUCUUUUGGUAUGAAAUUGGGUGCAGAUUGUAACCUUAAUGAAUGAAUUCAGCGCGAAUGGCACUGAGAGGCAGGCAUGAUUUCAGCAGAAAUUGUUAAGGAGCGCUUAAAGUGCUUAAGAAACUGCAUUCAAGGAAGACAGGACACACGAGAGGUUUUAACUAUUCAUUUAUUAAUGAGCUCACUGCUCACAGAGUGAAAUCUUUUAUUCGAUCUGCAGACUUGGACACGUAAUCAUGUUUUCCUAAUUUAGCACAAAUGGGAUAUCCGUUAAACGCAAUACGGGCACCAACUGAUAAUGGACGCUCGUUAACUUCAUCAUCCCUUAAUGUCUCUGUAAAGUUAGAGGAUAAUCCCUUCGCCUAAGACAGCCGAAUUAUCUAGAACUUUUUAGAAGAUGUAGUGUAAGCACACCUACUAAGUGGUUCUUCGUCUACCUGAUUCCUGGUCGAAUUGGAAUUUUGAAGGAGCGGGGAAACCUAGAGUACCCGGAAAAAAACCUCUCGGAUCAAGAGAGAGAACCAACAACAAACUUAACGCCCACAUAUGGCGUCGACGCAGGGAUUUGAACCCGGGCCACAUUGGUGGGAGGCGAGUGCUCUCACCAUUGCGCCACCCUUGCGCCUUGAAAACAGUCGUUGGGUGUCCCUGACCGAUUCCUAUGUAUGGUUCCAUUUUUUUACGAUUAUUAUACUAAACGACGUUUAUUAGUUUUUUCUCAACCUUUUCCUUGAAUUUUCACUUUGGUCACGUAAAAGAAGCAAAAGGUAUUUAAAAAUAUUUGCGUCUCUGCUUUCCACAGUGAGCAAACCUCCCCACGCGGGGACCAUAUUUCUGAAUGUCACAAACAAGACACUGACAUUCAAAAGUACUCUGCGAAGAUCAGAUAACCCUAGCCGCAAAAGUAAAGAAAAGAAGAUAUCAAUCAAA